AUGGGGGUGGGCAUCGGACCUCCUAGUGUGUCGGUGUUGGGAUCUGUGAGGAUCUCGUUAUGUACAAAUCACAAAUUCAAUAGCAAACGUAAACCUAUGCGCAGCGGAUCUAAAGGCUCCUUCUGGCGGCGCGUGAGGGCGUGUGCGGCGUCGGAAUCCGGCGACGUCGGCGGCGAUGGAAAGCUCUCGUCGAGACAGUCGUCUGGGUAUACUGGUAAAUGUCAUGCAAAGCCAAGCUUUCAGUAUAUAACACUAACAGUCGGUUCCUCCUCCAGUGUGGAUUUACGCCUUGUUCAAGCGGCCAUAGCGGGAUUUGGAGUGCCGGUUCUCGCCGGCAAAGCCGGUUUCUGCCGGGGUGGGUCGCCGCUGGCGGCCGACUCUGAGGUUUAUGGGGGUAGGUGCGAGCCUCCCAGUGUUGUCUUGCUGGUUCUGCCUAGGGAGGGAGCUGGACUGGUCUGGUUUAGUCAGCCGUCGUUGAAGGGAGUUUCUAGGCUGUGGCUAGUUCUGUGCUUCUGUGUUGGUUCGCGUGGUGUUGGGUCGGAGUUUGUCUGGCUGGUGGGGAGGGCCUUAUUCUAUCUAUUCCGGCGGGAUUUCAUUCCGCCGGGGGUGAUGCCGAUCGCGGUGGUGAAGAAGGAGAAGGAGGAUGCCUUCGCCAGAAGAUCAUCGGCUUCCUCCAUGAGUUUCAAGAAGCUUGUACCCAAGGUGUUGCGCAGCGCAUCCAUGAAGAACCUCUUCAAAUCCAAGAAACCUAGGGCUCCGCUUUACAUUGUGCGCGAAACUAGGGAAUUGUUGUCCUACAUCUCCGUUGAGGAUGACAAUGUCAAUCCUAAACACGAUGACAAGUUGGAACAGUUGGAUGCCAAUAUCAGGGAGCUGAAGUCAAUUCUUUAUGGUAUUGACGAAUCCGAACCUGUUCCAGAAGCCUGUGCGCAAUUAACUGAAGAGUUUUUUAGCGACGACACUAUGCGACUUCUCAUUACAUGUCUCCGAAAAUUAAACUUUGAGGCUCGAAAGGAUGCUACUCGAGUGGUUGCAAAUUUGCAAAGGCAACCAGUUCAAUCACGAUUAAUUGCUUCAUCUUACUUAGAAGCCAAUUUGGAUCUUAUAGAUCAGCUGAUUACUGGGUAUGAAGAUCCUACAGUUGCUUUGCAUUUCGGAGGCAUGUUAAGGGAAUGCAUACGCCAUCAAGUUGUUGCUAGUUAUAUUUUGAAGUCUGAGCAUAUGAAGAAGUUUUUUGACUAUAUUCAAUUCCCAAAUUUUGAUGUCGCUUCAGAUGCUGCUGCUACAUUUAAGUUCUUUGCUGAGUUCAACUCAAAGUUGCUGGGAUCUGCAAAUUACAUGACCAGAAGACACGCUGUCAAGCUUCUUGGAGAUAUUUUACUUGACAGAUCAAAUUCUGGUACCAUGAUGCGUUAUGUUAGCUCAAAGGAUAAUAUGAGAGUGCUAAUGAAUCUUCUGAGGGAAUCACACAAGAGCAUCCAGAUUGAUGCAUUUCACGUAUUCAAGCUUUUCGUGGCUAACCAGAACAAGCCUGCUGACAUUGCCAACAUACUAUUUGCAAACAAAAGUAAACUUCUGCGCUUUUUUGAGGAAUUCAACACAGACAAAGAGGAUGAAAUGUUUGUAGCGGACAAAGCUGAGGUCAUGAACGAAAUUAUGAAUCUUGAGCCGACAACAUCUAUUACCUGCUCUGGAGAACUGUUCAAAUCUAUAGUGUGGGAGGACAGAUCCAAUGGAUCGCCUAGAACGCACCCACUAACAAAACAACACAAACUCCACAACUGGAGAAAGAACUCCCCUACGGGAGAAAGAAGUUGGGGAGAAAAAGCUCCCAUACGGGAGAAACACACUCCCUACGGGAGAAACUACUACAAGCUAAACAACAAAACAACACAACACGACAAUCCCAUUCCGGCAACACUAAUGAAAUUGUUUGACCGCCACCCCGAAUGGCAAUCAAUAAGCGAUCGAGCCCACCCAGCAACGGAACUUCACCCCGCGAGACGAAGGCCGAAAAACGACCCCUCCAAGCCUGGCCAACGCCCAAAAUGCGCCCAAGAGGCAGAUCUCGACACUUCCGUCACCGAUAGGAUGAGGGGUACCGUAGAUCUACCUCGUAACAGACCGACCAACCUCAGAACCACCCCGGAAGCCCACACCAAAACCAUCUCCCUCCCACAAUCCAGCGGAGAGCUUCCACCAUUCCAACCCAGGAAUCGAAGAAGACAACAGAGGGAAGCGCCAGCGCCGGCCAAAACACCGUCUGUCGCGAUGAGACAAGCGAUGCCCGCAAUCCCGCCCUCUCCACCGGGGGGUCUCCUCAAUAACCGCCGCAACAACCCGGGAAGGGCGACAUCUGCGCCGAGAGAGACGGACCGCACAGGGGCGAGAGCCUCGAACCGCACCGGAGCAGGUACCCACGGGGGGUCAGACUAUGUUUGA